AAGGGAGGGAGGAGGCUGCGCGCAUGUGACAGCCAUUGGACGCUUCCAUUCGCCGCACCAGUCGGCCAGAGGAUACGAUCUGUCCAUCUGGUUCCAAAGGAAAAUCGCCAGCGGUUCGCCCCACGCACCAUGCGAGCUGGAGAGACGCGCCCCGGGCCAUGCUGAACAAGUGUCCAACCCUGCUGCUGGCUCUGACCGCGGUGACCGGACUCGUCCGGCGAUGCCGAGGCUGGAGCGACGAGGACGUGCUGCUGCCGCCCGUCAACUCCUCCGACGGGUUCCUGGCCGACCUGGGGGUGGACGUGCGUCUGUCCAGGAGGUCCGCGGGAGGGGACGCGCCGUCCCCGUGCAACGUGAGCGUCCAGAGAGCGCUGCCCGCCUCGUUGGUGGCCCGCUGGGACAGCAGCUCCGGCUUCCAGUGCGACGUGCUCAUCUACAGCACCAACAACCACGGACGGGCUUUUUUCUCCGCCUCCUUCAACCGGGCCAUCUCGCCCGUGGUCAUCGAGCAUCUGGGGACCACCGGGGGUCAGCAGGAGUUGAGGCUGUGCGUGGGCUGCGGGCUGUCCCGCUACAGGAGGCUCGGCCCCGGCAGGGCGAGGGGCCAGCACGGCGGCGAUCGGGUCACCUUCUGCUGCGUGGAUUUCAGCCUCGACGAGCUGAAGGGUGACAAAAGUUGGAGGCUGAACAGAAAGCCCAUCGAGUCCACACUCGUGGCGUGUUUCAUGACUCUGGUCAUCAUCGUGUGGAGCGUUGCUGCUCUCAUAUGGCCGGUUCCCAUCAUUGCAGGCUUCCUGCCCAAUGGGAUGGAGCAGAGAAGACCCAGGUGACUGACCUGAUCGAUGACGAGCCCGUGCUGCCUAUACCUAAUAUUAAUUGUAGCCAUUAUACUCCUUUGCCACAAUGAAUGGGCGACAGUUUAUUACAAUUCGGGUCAUUUGGAACCCCAAUUAACCUCCUCAGAGGAAGGAUCAAGGUAUGACUGAAUGAAUGGAUGGAUGGAUGAAUGGAUGGAUGGGUGAGUUCUACUGGGACCAAUACGGAUGUGUUUUUUGGAUACUUGUCGGUCUAAGUAGCUUAAACCAAGUCAACGUAAAGUGUGCACACUUUUCUCUUCAAACCGUCUUUGUAGUUUUGAACCUUUCUAGAAUGUUUGCCUUAUUCCCGGUGUAGAACUUUUGCACUGCACAUGUCCUGAAAGCAUAUAUAAUCUACAUAUUAUCAAUGUAUGCCUUUUCUGACAAAGGAGUCAGUGUUUAUAUGGCUAGAUUUAUGAUAUUGAGCUUAAUAUACAGUAUGCGCUUUAUUUGUAUUUGUCACACUAUAAACAAUAUACAUGACAAUAAAAUAUUAUAUGAUA